AAAGGGGACAACGCCAACGCAAAAGAGUGGCGACACGCAUCAGUUUUAUUACUGCUGGUGUUUGUAUUUUUAGAUAGUGAGUUUCAAGAGGAACCUGUUUUUUUUUUAAUCAGCUGCCUACUGCCUCACUACAUCAUUGUCGUCGUCAGUGUUAUCCGGUUUUGAAUGGACUAGCGUAGGCUAUAUGUUAAAGUAACGUUAAGUUAAUUGAUGCUAGCGCAAACUUGUCACACUGAGCAGCAGGCUAACUCUUACAGUAUUUUCUGUCACCGUUCUUGGUUUUUCGCCAUUUAUUGAACUGUUUUGCCCCCACUUUUCUUGCAGAAGCAGUUAUGUUCCACAACAGUUCACAGAGAAAAUACUGGAUUUUUAGAAGGGAAGACGAACUUGAGCAAAUGAGACUCAAGGCGAAUCAGAAAUUCCGUAACAAGAUACUAGAAAGUGGGAAGCCUGGGGUGAGUGAGUCCAUGUUCUUGGAGCGUCAUGAGGAAGACGUUUUAUUCAGACACUAUGAGAAGAGGAUGCUGGACUUCUGCAAUGCUUUCAAGCCUGCAAUGCCCAAGUCUGUUGUGGGGACAGCCAUCAUGUACUUCAGAAGAUUCUACCUGAACAACUCCAUUAUGGAGUACCACCCUAGGAUUAUCAUGCUGACGUGCGCAUACCUGUCCUGUAAAGUGGAUGAGUUCAACGUGUCCAGCACCCAGUUUGUGGGCAACCUUGUGCAGGAGACCCCGGCCGGGCAGGAAAGGGCUCUGGAGCAGAUCCUGGAGUAUGAACUGCUGUUGAUCCGACAACUCAACUUUCACCUGGUGGUCCACAACCCCUACAGACCCAUGGAGGGCCUGCUCAUUGACCUCAAGACAAGAUACCCUAUGCUGGAGAAUCCAGAGUCACUGAGGAAGAGUGCUGAUGACUUUCUGACACAGGCAACCAUGACAGACGCAGGACUGCUGUUUCCCCCCUCUCAGAUCGCUCUAACAGCUAUUCUGAACAGCGCCUCAAGAGCUGGUCUCAACAUGGAGAGCUACCUGACUGAAUGUUUGGGACUGAAAGGGGAUAAAGAGACUCUCUCAAAGAUGUAUGACUCAAUGAGACGGAUGAAAACCCUCCUAAAGAAGUAUGAACUUCCCAAACCGGACGAGGUGAAUGUUUCCAAACAGAAGUUGGAAAGGAUUCAUGCUGAAUUUGCCAGUUCAAGCAAUAUUGCAGCAAACGAAAGAGGGGAUACGAAGAAGAUGGUCAUGUAGCAAAAGAACCACGUUUGACAGAAGAGGAAUGGACUGAUGAAGACCUGAUAUGAGCAUUAACCCAAAAUGGGUUUGGAUUCAAACAGUUUUAAGUUAUUAUACUACUUAAUUUCAGUUAAACUGUCGUCAAGGUUAGAUGACCAAGCCUUUAUAGAAAACACGAUUGAGUAUCACACAGUUUGCUUAAGUGUACAUGUUAUAUUUACUUUUCUACAACACAAGGGGUUUAACUUUGUUCUGCAGUAAGAAUAAAGAUAUUUUUCUACA